AUGGCCGAAGACCGGCCGAUCGGUGCAAAAUCCAAUCAAGGCUCUAUCCCAAAAAGAUCUUUCGCUCAGAUUAUAAGAGGACUCAAACCAAAUCCCAGGCUUCUUAGUUCGUCUGUGGAAACCCUAGUUCCGACUAUGUCAACAAUAAUGUCUGAACUAGAGGUCUACAAAGGGGAGCCGUCUUUCCUCCUCUCUAAAGAAGAAGAUGACAGGUUAGCAAUUCCCUUUCGUCUGGCACUGGUUGGGAAGUUAGCCGGCAUAAUUGGGAAACCAUUAAAAAUUGAUGUUCCCACUUUGAACAUGUCAAGACCUUCGGUUGCAAGAGUGUGCGUGGAAGUGGAUCUUUUGAAAGACUUGCCGAAACAAAUUCGUCUCGGAGUUGAAGGAAAUACAUACUUCCAGGCUGUUACGUAUGAGAAUCUUCCCGAGUAUUGCACGGAAUGCAGUAAAAUUGGACACUCGGUAAAGAACUGUAAGCACACAAAAGAAUGGAAAAGUGAGGUUGGUGAUACCACUGAAGCUGGGAAUAAAAAACAGACAGCAAAUGUGAAUAAUUUGGUUGUAAAAAUAGCGACUGAGAAGCUUCGAAUCAUUCCAAAGGAAGCACAAAAGCAGACGAAACAUGUGUGGAAACCUAAGUCCUCGGUCCUUCAGGAAAACGAGAUGGAGAAAACAAAAGAUCAUCAUGGUCCAUCCACCUCUGGCUUAUCCACUGAAGAAAAACAAAAUAUCCCAGUUGAUGUAAUGGAGCGAAGUCCUUUGAUCCAAAUUCCAAAGAAAACCUUUUCGCCACAACGCGCUGUUUUUUAUCAAACAAUUGCAACUUCUUCUCGGUUUGAAGUUCUGCCUGAUUUGGACAAUCCAGUAACUGGGGACACGGAAGUAGAUGCUAAUUUACAGGAGGCCAUUGAGUCUGAUGUUGAAAGUGACGAAGGCAUGAUUACGGAGAAGGAAGGGAAAAAGGCUAAUUAUUUUCGACAUCUUCUUGACAAUGUUGAUGCCAGACUUUCAAAUUGGAAAAAUAAAUUGUUGUCUGCCGGUGGAAGGUUGCUUCUGAUUCGGCAUGUUUUAUCUGCUAUACCUAUGCAUACUUUCUCAGCAAUUGAGCCACCAAAAAUGAUCCUAGAAGCUUUGGAAAGAAGAUGCCAGAAUUUUCUUUGGGGGAUGAAGGAAGAUGUUGCGCAUAGGCAUUGGAAAGCUUGGAGAAAACUUACCUUUCUCACAGCUGAAAAUGGACUUGGAUUGCAAAAAUUUCAAGAUAAUGUUGAUGCUUCUCGCUUAAGCUCUGGUGGAAAUGGAAGUGUAACAAAGGCAUUUGGGUGA